AUGCCCGAAGCGCUCUCUUCCGCCCAAGCUCUCUACAUUGGGAUGGAGGUGGUGAUUGCCGUGUCAUCUGUAAUAGGAAAUGUGAUGGUGGUUUGGGCGGUGAAAAUUAAUAAAUCACUGAGAGAUACAACAUUUUGUUUCAUUGUCUCCCUGGCCUUGGCGGAUAUUGCUGUGGGAGCGCUCGUCAUUCCUUUGGCGAUAACUAUCAGCAUCGGACUUCAGACUCACUUCUAUAGCUGCCUGCUCGUAGCGUGUACUGUGCUGGUGUUGACUCAAAGUUCCAUCCUCGCCCUUCUGGCUAUUGCCAUAGACCGUUACCUCCGGGUCAAAAUCCCGACCAGCUACAAACGUGUGGUGACCCCAAGACAAGCUGGAAUAGCAGUUGUAGUAUGUUGGACAGUGGCCUUCAUUGUGGGCUUGACACCUAUGUUAGGCUGGAACAACUUACGGAACUUGCAGAGGAAAAACAAUUCCAUCGGCCCUGACCUUAUUGUCACCUGCCAGUUUGAGAACGUCAUCAGCAUGGAAUAUAUGGUCUACUUCAAUUUCUUUGGCUGGGUACUUCCCCCACUGGUCCUUAUGCUGGUCAUUUAUACGGAGAUCUUCUACAUGAUCCACAAGCAGCUGAACAAAAAGGUGACCACCAGUCACAAUGACCCCAACAAGUAUUACGACAAGGAACUUAAACUGGCCAAAUCACUGGCCCUCGUCCUCUUCUUGUUCGCAGUCAGCUGGUUGCCCCUCCAUAUUAUGAAUUGCAUCACACUAUUCUGUCCCAGCUGCCAGAAACCCAUGUUCCUCAUCUACAUCGCCAUCCUGCUCACCCAUGGAAACUCUGCCGUCAACCCCAUCGUCUAUGCUUUCCGCAUCAAGAAGUUUCGUACCGCCUUUCAAAGGAUCUGGAAACAGUAUUUCUGCUGCAAGGAGGCUCCUCCUCCAGAGAAUCAGCUGAGUGAGAGGUUGAACAAUCACCAUGUACUGCCUCAGCUGGAGCAAAACAGCGUCUGAC